GCAUAGGUUGUGCUUGGGAAACGCGAAGAACAGAGAAUAUUUUUCAGUAUAUUUGUAAAAAAAAAAAAAAAAAAAAAAAGAGAUAAAAUCUUGUUCGGGUUUAACUUUGGACGCUUUUAACGAUUGUUAAAGCUGAGAUUGCCAUGAAAUUCCAUCUAGAACAACACCUGAGCCAAAGAACGAUUCCAGUUUUACAGUCUGUCAGCAACCUAGUAUGGAUAUAUUGCUAGACAUUCCAGAGGAUUAUGAAGAAAGAAAAGAGUCAGUGAUGAGCAACAUGCACAAUUCUGUAAACGACCAGUUAGCUGCACAACAACAGACUGUCCAAUACUUGGAUCCUGUAUUUGAUGGCUCAUCAUUGAAUGACAAGGUACCCAGUGAGACCAGUUGCGAAAUACUUAAUCAGUGCUCAUCCCUGGGAUUUAAUGAUUCUACUGAGGUUUGCUUUCCAGCACAGACUAAAACUACAGAGCAGACAUAUUUUCCCAAAAGCCCAUGUUUGUCGAAUGAGUGGGGAUUUAAUAUAGAGGAGCAGGCAACAAAUUUGAAAGAACACAUGUGUUGUGUUUCUGUUAACAAAUCAAACAGUAAUGGGGAUGAAAAAGGUUUCUCAUUUUUGAGACAAGCUCAUCAUAGUUCUCAUAGAACGUCCAAAGUACAUGAACAAUCUUGUAAAAAUGUCAGUCCUGAUAAAUGUAUGGAAAGCCCAAAUAAGAGCUGUACAGACAACAAUGCAACCUCCUACAGACAUAUCAGCAUGCCUGGUCAUCAUUUGAAGUUUGAAACCAUCUCUGCUGAACCAAACCCUGUAUAUUUAUCUACCUCUGAUAGUCAACAUGAUAACAGUGAAAAAGACAAUUCUCCAACGCUCACCUCUUUGGAGCAUUUUCAACCAUCAUUGGAAAUCACAAGUACUUGGACAAAGAGUGAAGAGUGUAAUCCAUUGUCUGAAAAAGAGGAAUCCAUCACCAACAAAACAAAGCCGAAGUGUAUGCCAAUAAAUCCACCCCUUCUAACCACUGCCACUCACAGUUCUUGCAAAGUGGUGAGGAAAAUAGAAAAUGGAGGGGCACAUAUGUUGUAUGACACACCUUCCUGUAGCCAAAGUUACUCUUCAUGUGAGCUUUCAUCAUUUGAUACACACAAUACCUCACUGAGAAGUAACAGUGACAGAGAGACAGAUUAUGGCCAAAUUACUCAAAAAAUUCUGAAUACUGUAGAGGUCUAUGAUGAUAGUUCUGCUCAUUAUAAUUUCCUGGGCCAAUUACAGUCUUUGACUGAGACAGAAGUAAACAGCGUUUCCACCUUAGAGAACGCAAGUAAAGAGAGAAAAUCUGAAAAUAACUUCACGAGUCCACAAACACCUGCUGAUUUCCUUGAGGAAGAAACAGCCCAAGUAGAUCCCUACAAGGACAAUUUAACUCCCUUUGCAAAGAUUGAACAUGAAAUUGAUUCCAGUGGUGAGACAUCCUUUGUAAAUAGCAGUAACAUCGGUACUCCUGUUACAAUGAAAAAAAGUACUCCUUUGCACUCCUUACAAAAAAGAAAACUACUGAAAAUGACCAACGUGCCAUCAACAAUUCAGGAAGCUUCUAAGAGCAUAACUGAUAAUUCUGGGAAAGAUUUGAAAAAGAUCAAAAUAAAGGCAGUAAAAAAAUAUUUACGAGACAGACGUGCAGAUAGAUGUCAGAAAAGCGGGAAGGUCACAAAUCCAGCUUCACUUACUAAUUAUGGAUGGAAUAGGUGUGUGAAGUCAAGUCAAAUGUUCAGGCAUCACAUUGACCAGGUAUUCAAGGUGUCUUCAGGUCCACAGCCAAAUAAUUUUCAAAAGGGGUCACAAAAUAUGAACAGAUUAUUGGGUUGUUUUAAAGACUCUUUAAAGACUGAAAUACAUAAUGAGCAGCAUAACAUCAUGGUUCAAAACAGUGGAAAGGCUCUCCAAUCAAAUACUAUUAAUACACUACUAAAAACACCUUCUACUUCAGAGAAAGCUGUCUGCACUGAGCUAAAUGGUGAUGCAGCGUUCGAGUUGUCUAUGCAGUCCACUAUUAAUAGUACAGGAUUCCAUUUCUGCAUUGCAAAUGCAUUUAACAAAAGAGAAAAUGAUGAAAGGUCAAGAAAUUCCUUAAUGGCUGUGAGUGAGAAAGCAACUGAUUUAUCAGAAAUGGAUGUUGGUAUUACAAGUUCUAUAUGUGGAGCAAAUGCAAUUUCACUUAAACAUUCUCCAAUUCAGAAAGUGGACAGAUUUACACAGUAUCUUGAUGAGGACUACAUGACUACAAUAAAUAAGGACACAUUUACAGUAACCGAUGCUGUUACAUCAUCAAGAAUUGCAAAGAAAUAUAUCAAUUGUAAGUUCUGUCGUCAAACCUUCCGUCAUAUCUCUGCAUGUAUUGCUCAUCAGCGUAUUCAUACAGGUGAAAAACCUUACAGAUGUGAACUCUGUGGCAAGAAAUUUGCUCAGCUGUCCAAACUCCGAUCCCAUAGAAAUGUCCAUGUCCAGUCUAUGUCUUGGCCUUGUCCAUGCUGCAGAAAAAAAUUCUCUGAGAAAGGGGAUUUGGUAUCUCAUUUAACAACCCAUGUAAAGGACUUCAAGCAAAAUAAUGAAUCAAGUCUACAAAACAGCAAACUUGAUGCACCUUUAAAAGACUUUGCACAUAGUAAGAGGGUAAUUUUUGAGAUUUCUAACAAAUUUAACAACAGAUAUGUGCAGAAAAAUCACAAACAUGACCAGGAAAAGCUACUGUCCUGUAGGACUUGUGGAAAAGAAUUUUGGACAUCUUCACAGCUAGUAGUCCAUGAGAAGACCCACUGGCCAGUUAAACCUUAUGCUUGUUCAAUUUGUGCCAAAGGUUUUAAUCAGAUCAGGGCUCUGAAAAAGCAUUCUCAAAAACACACAGGGGAGACACCGUUCUCCUGUUCUCACUGUGGUUGUGAAUUCUCUGAUCUUCCUGCAUUGAGGGUGCAUCAAAUUUCUAAAAUAUGCAAUCAGAAGCAGAAUUUAAACAGAAAGAAUUACGACAUAAAGGGCUUUCUGGUCACUUAUGGAGUUGAUGGUCAAGUUAAUACACCAGUGUUCUUCAAGUGCCAAAUAUGCAAACAACUCUGUCAGACAUGGUGUCAAUAUACUCUUCACCUUCAAACCCACACAAAGUCUCCACCCUAUCUUUGCUUUGCUUGUGGGCAGAGCUAUGAAAAGAAUGCUGUAGUGAAUGUUCAUUGCAGGGUAUGUUGUCAGAUAAGUGGGGAGGAGGUGGCUUGUGGUUCCUCAUUUCCUGAAAUCUUGAAUAGUGACCCCAGAGAAUAUGCUUACUUGAAGGAUACUUUACAAACUGACCAGUAUUCUACAGAAGCGUCCAAAGGAAAUUCUCUGUCAAGUGCUGGCCAGUUUCAAAAGAAUUCUGAAACUUUGAGUAAUCUACCAACAGAAUACUUUGCAACUGAGUCCUCUCAGUUUGUAAAUGCUUCACAUUUGACUGAAACCGUGCAUCUGUUACCCCCAUCACCUACACCUGUGAUGACUUGUGCCUCCUUAAACAAUUCUCUGGAAUGUGUUGAAACACCAACUCUCCGGAGAUUUAAGUGCCCACAUUGUGGUCAGAGGUACAAACGAUACAGGACUUUGUCCCUUCACAUGCAAACACAUGCCCAUGCUUUUAGAUACACUUGUAGAUAUUGUGGCCAGUCUUUUGAAAGGUGGAACAAACUCUGGUUGCACCAACGAAUUCAUUGUCGAAAAGUACGUUGCUAUACUUGUUCACAGUGCAAUGUCCAAUUUCAUUUCUUUAGCACAUAUAAAAUGCACCUGCUGAGCCAUGCUGAAGAAAGACCCUAUGCUUGUUCACUUUGCCCCCAAACCUUUGCUCUAAAAGAAGGCUUGCAUGUUCACCAAUACAAUUUUCACAGACCAUCAAGAAAAUUACAAUGUGAUGUUUGUGCCAGAAGCUUUAGUAAUUUCACAAACUUGGUUAAGCACAGUCUCCUUCACAAUGGUAUUAGGUCUCACCAAUGCCUUUCAUGCAAUCUCUCAUUUGCAAAUAACAAACACCUACAGGAACAUUUGAAUACUCAUAAUAAUUCUGCCAGCCUCCUCCCUUCCAUCCCAUCUGAGCCCUUAACAUUUCUACACAAAUGUAAUAUAUGUAAGAGCAGCUUCUCAAAUGGGGAUCUACUCUAUGCUCAUCAGAUAUGUCAUACCAGAGAUUUAAAGAGACAAGAGGGUUCUACCGAAAUAAACGAAUCUACCUCAGUUGGUCUUGGAGGCGCAGAGUCUACGACUAGCAGGUCUCUCUUAUCAACUCUUAACCUUGAUGCCAUUCCAAAGGAGAGCCUUUUUAAAUACCCUCACCCAGAUAUGCUGUAUGUGUCAUCCCAUCUUUCAAGCAUGGUAAAACGCAUCCCAAUCAUUAACCUAGAUUCAGAUGGUGAGGACUACCAACAGGAAGCCAGCACUGACCCUGUUUCUCCAAACUGUAGAACUGGACAAAGCAUUUCUGGGAGUUCUCAAGAAUAUACCGAAACUGAGAAGAUGCACCAACCACAGGCUUUAAAAAAACAAGAUACUAUUCAGUUUCAGAAUGCUGGAGAGAUUCCAGUGCGUCACACAGACAUAGUAACUUAUAAUCUUCAGGACAAAGCUACUCACAACAGAACCCAAAUGAUUGAGUUUGUUGAAACAAGUGUAUUCUUGGAGGGCCCAACAACCACCGUGAAUACUGCUGAAAAUGAAAUGCAGGAUGAGACCCUUGAUUGUGCAGACUGCUCUGAAAAGUUAGACAGUGGUAUGGGAUUAUAUGAACACUAUUUACUACAUGCAUUAGGUAAUACCUCUUGUAAAAUACCUUACAGAUGUCUCUGAAAGUGGACAAGUCUUUUGACUCAUGUCAGUUUUAGUGAAGAAUUUGAACGUGAUUUUUUUUUUUUAAAUAGUUGCAUUAAGAAAUACUGUAAAAGAAUGUGAAUGAUAAGAUGUUACACAGGUGAUUUACAUAAGAUAGUCAUGUAAUAUCAUUGCAAAAGGCUAUUUUAUUUUAUAUAUUUUUUUUACUCAUUAGACAUAGUAUUAGUACAGAUUCAAGAAAGUGUUUUCGCCUUGCUGCUCCUGUGCCUUUUAUGGGAAUGUAAGUCAUAGUUACAGAUUGUUUACAAACUUUUAUCCAUUUCAUCUUGUAUACCAGAAAAGUAAUCUACAGUGUUAUGCAGACUGGCACCAGAAAUCUUAUUAGAUAAAAAGCUACCUUGUAUUUUUGGAUUUGAAUACUGUAUCAGUAAAUAAACAGACAUACUCA